CUCGUUCCUCAAACUAACUUUACGACGCGAUCAUGCACGAUAUAUUGAUUUUGCAAGAUGUGCAUAUCAGGACGUGCGUCCGGUCGCAUGGGGUUGCACGUAAGACGUUGCUCUCCGGGCCAUUGGGUUUUCGAGAAGCGGCUAGGGCGAUGCAGAGCUGGGUGUUUGCGGUGUGAGCAGCAGCCUGGGGAACGGCAACGGGUGAGCUGAAGUGAGCGUGCAAGGCGGGAGGCCUAGAUACGACCCACGCCGCGAUCAGCUGCCCUGCAUACGAAUUUCGGAGCGAUUUUGGGCGGCGCAGCGCGAGCGUGAGUAGAGCGACAGGAAAACCAUAUAAUGAGUGGGUCGAGACAACAGUGAAUGCUUGUGGAUACGCGACUUUGCAUUUGGCUUUUGCUGUCUUACAUUCACUAUGGCUAUUUUCUUGUCGCUCUUUUUAGCAUUCUUACUAAUCCGAGAUGUGGUAUCUGUCUCUGCACCUAUCCUGAGGUCGGCAUGGACUGCAACGGCCGACUCUUUCAAUCAGGGAAACGAACCUCAAAAGGCUAUUGACGCGAAUUUGAAUACCUUCUGGCAUUCACAAUUCAAUCCCACCCCCGAUGCACUCCCAAAUUGGAUUGUUGUUGAUAUGAAAACCAUCUACAACAUUCAUGCCGUCGGAUACCUCCCUCGUCAGGACGGCAGUGCAAAUGGAAGAAUUGGCGGUCACAAGAUUGAAGUGAGCACUGACGGAACGAACUGGAAUCUCGCAGCAACUGGGACGUACCUCAAUGAUGCUAUUGUAAAGAAGACGACCUUCAUUACAAGAGCAGCUAGGUAUGUCCGGAUCACUGCGACCACAGAGGCACAGGGAGCCGGACUGCAGUGGACUUCGGCGGCCGAGAUCAACGUCUAUCAUGAAGUGACCUACGAUUACGCAUCGAGAACGGGGUGGACUGCUUCAGCCGACAGCCAGGAAACAGUCAGUGAAAACUCUCCUGCGUCAAAGGCUAUCGACGGUGACCCUACCACCCUGUGGCAUACAAAAUACAAUGGUGGGGUUGUCGCACCACUGCCGCAUUGGUUCCAGAUCGAUGCCGGUACCCAAAUUACGGUUGAGGGUUUGAGUUAUCUACCCCGAGGAAGUCCAGGAAACGGACGUAUCGGACAAUACAGCAUCCAGGUGAGUAACGACGGCAACACGUGGACACAAGUUGCGACCGGCAUGUGGGUAGAUACCGAGGACGAGAAGAUCUCGCUCUUCAGCGCGACUGCUCGGUAUUUCCGGCUCAACGCUCUCACUGAAGCUGGCAACCGUGGCCAAUGGACUACUGCAAGAGAGAUUAACCUCGUCCGAGGCGAGACGGAAGUGGUUCCUGCUGCUCCUGCGGCAUCGAAGGGUCUUUGGGUCAACACCGUCGACUUCCCGCUUGUGCCUGCUGCGGUAGCGAUGCUUCCAAACGGAAAGGUGCUAGUCUGGUCGUCCUUCUCACGUGAUAAUUUUGGUGGCUCGAAUGGUUUCACACAGACUGCCAUCUAUGAUCCGGCUACUGGAGAGUCCACCCCUCGUACUGUAACCAACACAAACCACGACAUGUUCUGUCCCGGUAUCUCGAUGGACUUCAAUGGGCGCAUUAUAGUAACAGGCGGUAGUAAUGCCGCAAAGACUAGUAUCUACGAUUCUGCAACCAACGCAUGGACCGCCGGCCCAGAUAUGAAGAUAGCACGAGGGUAUCAAUCGACUGCUACCGUCUCUGACGGUCGCAUUUUCAAUAUUGGUGGUAGCUGGAGCGGAGGAGAGGGCAACAAGAAUGGCGAAAUAUACAGCCCCAGUGCAAACACCUGGACGCUUCAAUCGGGCGCCUUAGUGUCGCCUCUGCAGACUCAAGACAGGCAGGGUCCUUAUCGCUCGGACAACCAUGCGUGGCUGUUCACAUGGAAGUCUGGCACUGUCUUUCAAGCUGGUCCUUCCAAAGCGAUGCAUUGGUAUGAUACCACUGGUGCGGGUAGUGUCACUGCCGCAGGAAACCGUGGAGAUGACGGCGAUGCUAUGUGUGGUAACGCGGUGAUGUAUGAUGCCCCUGCUGGUAAGAUCCUGACAGCUGGUGGCGCUGCAAACUACCAGGAAGAUAACGCCCGCACGAAUGCCUAUGUCAUCACUAUCGGAGCGACAAAACAGAACCCUCAGGUGACCAGAGUUCCCAACAUGGCCUUUGCACGAGGCUUUGCAAAUGGAGUCGCUCUUCCCGAUGGCACUGUUUUCGUGACUGGUGGGCAAAGCUAUGUCAAACCGUUCACGGACACGACCGCACAAUUUACGCCCGAGCUCUUCAAUCCUGCGACGAAUACGUGGACGCAACUGAACCCAAUGUCCAUUGCCAGGACCUAUCACUCGGUUGCAAUUCUUCUUCCAGAUGCAACCGUCCUUCAAGGAGGAGGUGGCUUGUGCGGCGGUUGCGGUGUAAACCACUUCGACGCCGAGAUCUUCGUUCCUCCAUAUCUGUUGAACACCGAUGGCACGCGAAGAACACGUCCAGUCAUCAACAACGUUGCUGCGACCGUGCGACUCGGCGCUACAGUCACCAUUACUACGAAUUCAGCGGUAACGAGAUUUGCCCUAGUUCGAUCCGGCUCCGCAACCCACACGGUAGAUACCGAUCAGCGACGGAUCCCACUCACGCCCUCGGGCAGCGGGACUACAUAUACAAUAACGAUUCCUAGUGAUGCCGGCGUGGCUCUUCCCGGGUUUUGGUUCUUGUUCGCGCUGAAUUCGGCUGGCACACCGAGUGUUGCGAAGAUAAUUAAAAUCACUACUUAGUAUAUGGC